CCUGGAGAAGGUGGGUGUGAGGAUGAAGGUGUCUCAGGUCUCCGGCGCGGGAGGGGGUGGCGGAGAGGACAGGGAGAUUCCCCAGCGCUGGCUCUGAAAUCUGGGGCAGGUUUUCCUUUGCCCUACUGUCAACCCCAACUGUGCCUGGUAGGGUUUGUCCCUGGCAUCAAAGGUAGGAACAGCUGAGCCCUUAGGCGUACCCCUGACGGUGAGAGCCCAGGAAUGGUCGUUUCACUUUUCCUGCGUUUGGGGAGUCCCUGAGGCUAUGCCCUUUGACCUUUGAUAUGUGUGCAGCUUCUGCUUUUCCAGACCAGAAUUCCUUCAUGUAGAGUACAAGAUGAUCCAGGCAGUGUUAGACCUAUUUAUAUUGAUUUGAAAUCUAAGGCAAUAUGAUACAGAAAAAUGAAUCAAAGAGACCGACCAUUCAUGACAAUUCAGAGAAAUGAUAGCUCAGAUAAUCUGGUAUUGCAUAUGAAAAAUGAGAUGAGAAACACCAAGUACAAACCAGUAGACUAUCAACAAUUGCGUGUAUUAACUGAAGCAAAGAAAUUAGCUUCUGCCUCUGCAGAGCUAAAGAUCAGAAAAGCAAUGUUGACUUCAAAGAUAUCCAAAGAACAAACACUAAUAAAACAACACAAGCAAGUGUGGUGGCAGGAAUACCAGAGGCUGAAUGAAGUCAGAUGUAAAUUGGAAUCUGAAAUAAAAUCCCUUCUCAAUGAAGAGAACAUUGGAAAUGAAUGUCUUUGUGACUUUACAAAUUUUGAGCAAGAGCUAUCAGAACAACUGUGCACAUAUCUUAAAAAUGUGAUAAAUCCUAUUCAGCAGCUGAGAGCAGAUCUAAAAUACAGACAGCAUCACACUUUGCAGCAUUCACACCCACAUAUUGAGUGUAACUCCGUGAAUGUAUUGGAAGAGGUUGACUUUGUGAAGAAACAAUUGAAAACUAUCUUUGAAAGACUUAGCCUGGAGCAACAGAGAAUAGAAAAUGAUCUUUCAGACUGGAGUAUAAAGAUUCUAGAUCAUUCUUUGGAAGAAAAGAUUAACCUGCUUAGUGAACUGCCCAUUGAAUUAGAAAGUUUGGAAUGCCCAUACCCUGAUUUGAAAUCUUCAAUCCACAGUGAGUUCUGUAAGUUUACACAGAAAUAUCAAAAGAAGCUUCAAGACCUUGAUCUGCAGUUGGAAGACAUAUACAGGAACUGCCAACUAAGUGAAGAAGACCACUGGAUUUACCAGGCUAUUUUGGAUCAGUACCCUGGAGAUCUCUUUGGAAGAAGGACUCUGUAUCUGGACAUGUUACAAAGAUAUUUUCCUCACAAAUCUAGGCAUGAUUUGAUUGAACUUGAGAAAUAUUGUGACCAAUUUCGCUUUGCUAUGGAGCAGCGAAAGAUCCUGAUAUCAAAUUGGAAUAAAAAUAAGAAAGACUUUACACAGAAGGCUGUGCUGACACUCAUUGAGGCUUGUGCAACUCAUGAAAUGGAGAGCACAUUGGCUAAGGACAAGAAAAAGCAACAGGAAUUGUGUGCUGAUCUGAAAGCCAAGGUUAUUCAAUGGCGAGCCCACCAGGAAGAGGUAGCAAGACUGGAAAUGGAAAUUUCUGCCAGAAGAAGAGAAAAGGAAGAGGAGAAAGAGAAAUUGUGGAAGAAGAAGGAAUUGUUGCAAAGGGCAGAGAAGAAAAAAAAAAUUAAAAAAUACUGGGCUAAGAAAAGACAGAAGUGGCAAGAAAUGGAAAUGAGAGAUCUUCAGCGUCUAGAAGAACUGAAGAAAUUAAUGGCUGAACAGUCACUAAAAGACAGAGAAAGGGUUAAAUAUAGAAAAGAAUUAUUGGAAAGGCGUUUGAUGGAGAAAAAGGAAGCGGCCCUUCAAGAAGCUCAUGAAGACAAAGAGAGAGCGAGGCGGCUAGAAGCCCUUAGGAAACAGGUUGCUGUUGUUGCUCAAUUUGAUCCUGUUAGAAUGAUGUCAGAUACAAUGGCAUCGAAAGCUAGGAUGGGCAUUGAAAUUGAAGAAGAAUUUAUUCUUCAAAAGCCACUCUUCACAUUGAACACAUACAAUGAACAGCAGAUAAUUUCUGACCCUAGACUUCGCUUCGAGUUAGCGCUUCGAGAAGCUGGACUUCAUAGAACACUUUAUGCCAAAGAGAUAUUACCAAAAAUUAGUCCUCGAAAACCUCCAAGGAAAGACAUGGAGUCUACUGUAUUUAAAAUAUAGAGCUCAUCCUCAAAUUCUAUAUGUAAAGAGCAUUUUUCUUUGGAAACAUUUAUAUGGAUAAUAAUAAUUACUACUUUCUAAAAUGUUUGAAAUAUCAGACAUAGAAAUCAUAGCAUCUAUUAAAACAACUUUGCCUUUCUUUUGUGAUUCUUAGAAUUUUAUGCACUAUAUUUCCUGUAUCUUUAAGUUAUAUUUAAUAGUACUAAAUUCCCCCAAAUUAUGGAACUUAAUUAUGGCACAUAUAGUACUUAUACUAUAAUUUAGCAAACUACAUGUUGGAGGUUGUGUUAUCCUAUAAAAAGAGCUCAAA